AUGGCCCAGGAAUAUCAGGUGCCUUCUGCAGACACAGCUCCCUCCAGCCAGGCCAUCCUUGAGCCAUGCUCCCUCCCCCUCAAUGGCAAGAUCUUGAGGUGCAGGCUGGACAACUGGAGACCCAGGCCCGCGCCCCCAACUCCGGCCUCCGCCCGCCCCGCGUGCACACCUUUCUCGUGGUUUAGCGACAGCCGGAAGGGAUCCUAUUCCUUCAGGAACCUGCCUUCACCUACAAGCUCCCCCCAGCCUUCUCCUGAGACUCUAAUUUCAGAUAAAAAGGGGUUCAAGAAUUUUGCCCUCAAUGAUGACUUCAGCCCCAGCAGCACGAGUUCAGCAGAUCUGAGUGGCUUGGGAGCAGAACCCAAAACACCCGGGCUCUCUCAGUCCCUGGCACUGUCAUCAGACGAGAGCCUGGAUAUGAUAGACGAUGAGAUCCUAGACGACGGGCAGUCCCCCAAGCACAGCCAGACCCAGAGCCGUGCUGUGUCUGAGUGGAGUGCGCAGCAGGUGGCCCACUGGCUGCUGGGCCUGGGCCUGGAGCAGCACGUGUCCGCGUUCAAUGCCCAGAACAUCACCGGUGAGCAGCUCCUGCAGCUGGACAGCAACAGGCUGAAGGCCCUUGGAAUGACAUCCUCCCAGGACCGAGCCAUGGUGAAAAAAAAACUCAAGGAGAUGAAGCUGUCCCUCGAGAAGGCUCGGAAGGCCCAAGAGAAGAUGGAGAAACAGCGAGAAAAGCUCAGGAGGAGGGAGCAAGAGCAGAUGCAGAGGAAGUCCAAAAAGACAGAAAGGAUGGCACCGGCCCCAGCGGAGGCCGCAGGGCAGCAGUAG